UGGAAAUCGUGCGUAAAUGCCCGCGACGAGUGUCUUUGGAGGCCUUAAAAAUACCGACACGGAAAUCACUCUCGUCAAAGCUGGUCUCGGGGCCUUUGUUUACACUCGGGAGGGAGAGCUGCUCGCCACCUGUCAGGACCUCGGCCGCCCCCCCGCCUGGCCCCUGGCGCUUGUCGGGGUCCUGGCCGCUGAGAUGUGCUCCCUCUGGCAACUGUCGAGGCUGUUGGCGCUGGGAUGUGUGCUUGUCAGCUGUCAGGGAACAAGGACACUGCGAUGUUUUGCUCUUGGCAGCUGAGGCGCCCGAGGGUGGUGGCGGCGGGGCGCUUCCUCUGACGAGAUGACGAGACUAAUAAAGCCUUGGCUACCUUGGCAUAAAGUAGUAUGGAUCACCAGUCAUUGCCAAAUGUAACAGCAGGCACAUUAUCACCAGCGCUCCAUCCUUCACAAGGUGUCAAGCACGAAUUAACCUCUGUAGUAGACCUGCAACCUGUUGACACAGGCAUGAGGUCCAUGAGCAGUGAAAUGCAACCAGUGGACGAGGACCUGCAACAUGUGGCCCAGGACAUUCAUCAGGUCAGUCGACAGAUACACCAGGUGAACAGUGGCAUUCCCGUGGAGGAGCUGAGGCUGACCGAAGGGAACAUGCAGUCUGUGAGUGAUGAGCAAGUGGAUCCAUUGGGGGUGACAAACGAAGACACGCUGACUAUGGAUGGUGAGAUGGGCGACAUGGAACAGAAUCAAGACGUACAAGUUAUAGCUCAUCAGGCCAAUCUCCUGGAGGAUGCGUCAGGGGUGAUAAGUUCUGACAAAACGAUCAAGCUACCAGGGUUUUCAAGCCAGCAAGCUCCUCAUGAGGGCCACGACCCACACGAUCUCCAGUUGAGCAGCAUAACCAGUGGUGCAGGAACUCUGCCCCUUGAUGCCCAGCAUUAUUAUGAGAGCCUCCACCCAGCACCAAUUAUGGUCUACGAGGUGCCAGCGGGUAACAUCGUUCCUUUUGAUUCACUCGUGUCAGUGCCGCUGGGAAAGAGCAUAGGUGAAAAGAAUAAUGAAGGAGUCGACUUACUGCAAGCAUCUGUGAGUGAGACUGUUUAUGCUCAUCAGUCACAGGAUAUGUCUCAUCCAUUAUAUGUAUUACAUCAGCCACAGAAAAAGGAAGACAGUUCUGAAGGAAUGGUCAUCGAGCAGAUCAACUCCAAUGAUGGAGUGAGCCCAAAUAUUGUUCUGGAAAAUAGAGAUGCAAACAGUUUUAAUAAGGUAGAAGGUCAUUCAUCUGGCAUGAUGCCCAUCGGUUCAGAGUUCAGCUUGAUAUCUACUUCUUGUUAUGAUUCCUCUGUCACAACGGUUGCAAACAUGGCACAUCUCUCCAUGUCUGCAGUCUACCACUCUUCCACGGACACAGAUAGCGAAGUAGCACUAACGCUUGCCAGUUUAGGUAACCCAAAAAAUGAGAAGAUGGAGAGAGACUGUGUGCAAGCUCAGAAUACAGAGCCUGCAGAUGUCAUCCGUGCAGCUUCAAUCAUAUCUGGAGUCACACAGCACCAGCAGUUUGAUAAUAUACACCAUCAGCCUAACAAUACCUUGGAAGACCAAAUGGGGAAAAAGGACCAGAAAUCCACCCUUGUCUUGCGAAGCCGGAGAAGCCGCGGCACGACACCCAACCAACAGCAGCAGCAGCAGCAACAGCAGCAGGACAUGGCAGCUGAGGAAUGCAAGAAAGUGAACAGAAGGAAGAAGAGAAAAGACUCAAGACUUGUCAAUUUUCCUAAAUCAGAAGAAAAUAACUUCAUAAUUCCAGAUAGUAUAUUGCCAGUGAGGAACAUGUCCACACCAUCUAUCACCUUGCAGAAUGAAUCUCAAAAGGAAAACCUUCUUGGCCAGCUCCUGAAGGCCUCUGAACAUUGUGAACCUGCCACACUCAUACCUGAGGGGGUUGUGGACGAUGUCAUACCUGCCGUCGGCUAUAGGAUCAUGGACAUGACAAACUUGAGUGAAAUGAUUAAAAUGAUGCACCGAUGCACAGGCUCAAUGGGGGCCAUAGUCAUACAGGAGCAGGCCUCGCUUAGAGAAGGAGCUGUGUCUCAACUUAGUGUGAUUUGCACUGGAUGUCAGGAAGGAGCCGUGUGUGCCACUAGUAACAGAACGCUGGCUACUGGACCUUGGGACAUCAAUGCCCGAGUGGAGCAACUUACGAAAGAGUUCAACAUUAAGGAAGACCAGGUUCAGCGCAUGUUGGAGAUCCUUGGCAUCUUCUACCGCCCCUGUGAUCCGUCCCUACAGCCCAUAGCACAGACGAUGGAGAUGGAGGCAGCACCAGUUCCGCCUCCAAAGAAGAAAAGAAAGAAAAAGUCGGACACCGAUUCUUCUGGAAAACCCAAGAAUUUGGUUUGCACUGUUUGCAAAGAAAGAUUUGUCGGAGAAAAUCACCUCAAGAAACACAUGCACAGCCAUGACUUGUCACUUCAUACCUGCCCCUAUUGCCAUGCCUACUUCAAGAAGCCUUUCAACCUGAAGCAACAUAUUAAGAAGCAUGAAAACUGCAAGUAUGAAUGUAACCAGUGUCAACGCGUAUUCACUGACAAGUCCACUUUACUUUGCCAUGUGAGAUCACAACAUGAAAAGAGGUACAACAUCCAAUGUGAAAUUUGCCUGAAAAGGUUUUAUCACAGAGCCCACUACAAUGAACACAUGAGGAUUCAUACCGGAGAGAAACCAUACAUGUGUGAGCUGUGUGGUAAAAAAUUCUCGUGGCAUGACAGUGUAAAGAAACACAUGCAGACACACAGUGCGGAAUCAAAAUACAAGUGUAGAUUAUGUGGCAAAUGGUUUAGGUGGCUUCAAGGAGUUCGACAACACUUGCAACAACAGCACAAGUUGAAAAAGUGUGAUAUAGAGGCUCAGGUUGUUACAGCAGCAACCGAAACUGCCUCGGCCCUUCCGCAGUAUCACCAACAACCUCAGCCUACUCAGCAGCAGCAGCAACAGCAACCGCCGCACAACCACAGCCAAGCACAACAACAACAACAACAACAGCAGCAGCAGCAGCAGCAGCAACAACAGCAACCAGGUCUUCCUCAGCCUCCUACUCAGCACCCAGACGAUAACACUCCAGGGAGAGAGUACCACACACUAGAAGCUGCAGCACCCAAUGAUGAUGCAACUAACCAGCAGACCUUAAACAUGUUCCAUGUAUCAGAUGUGGAAGGGCAACAGCAAGGGAUGUUCCAGUACCACUAAAAGAAAGUGUAUAGAUAUAUGUUUUAUUAUCUGGAAUUAUGAUCUGCAGUAGUUGUUGGAAAGACUGAAAAAUGUAUUGA